UCUCGGGUCCCUGCGUCCCACCGCGGCCCGCGCCCCGCACCGCCACCUCCUCCUCCUCCUCCUUCUCCUCCUCCUCCUUCUCCUCCUCCUCUUCCUCUCUGGCCACCCCUCGUCCUCUCCCGCAGCAGUCGCUAAGCCCAGGCAGCAGCAGCCACCCCCAAGCCCAACUCUCGGGGCUCAGUCCCGGGACGCGCGCCCUCGCCCCAUCCUUUCUUCCUUCCUCCUCCCGUCCCCGCGGUCCCCGCGGAUCCCGGGAGUCUCGGCCCGCGCCCUGCCCGGUCUCCCUCGCACUUCCUGAGUCGCGGGCCGCCGCCUCGCCUCGCCUCGCAGCGGGAGCCCGAGCCCGACGCGCCGCUGCCCGGCUCCAGCCCCGCAGCCCGCGGCGCCCGCCCGCCCCGCGCCCCAGCGCUCCCGGCGAGGAAGCACCGGGAAGAUGAACAACGGCGGCAAAGCCGAGAAGGAGAACACCCCGAACGAGGCCAACCUUCAGGAGGAAGAGGUCCGGACCCUAUUUGUCAGUGGUCUCCCUCUGGACAUCAAACCUCGGGAACUCUAUCUGCUUUUCAGACCAUUUAAGGGCUAUGAGGGUUCUCUUAUAAAGCUCACAUCUAAGCAGCCUGUAGGUUUUGUCAGCUUUGACAGUCGCUCAGAAGCAGAAGCUGCGAAGAAUGCUUUGAACGGCAUCCGCUUCGAUCCUGAAAUUCCGCAAACACUACGACUAGAGUUUGCUAAGGCAAACACGAAGAUGGCCAAGAACAAGCUAGUAGGGACUCCAAACCCCAGUACUCCUCUGCCCAACACUGUACCUCAGUUCAUUGCCAGAGAGCCAUAUGAGCUCACAGUGCCUGCACUUUACCCCAGUAGCCCUGAAGUGUGGGCCCCGUACCCUCUGUACCCAGCGGAGUUAGCGCCUGCUCUACCUCCUCCUGCUUUCACCUAUCCCGCCUCACUGCAUGCCCAGAUGCGCUGGCUCCCUCCCUCCGAGGCUACUUCUCAGGGCUGGAAGUCCCGUCAGUUCUGCUGAGCAUUGUGUCCCAGGUGUGUGAUGGCGGCUGCAAUCUGUCUUGUGGGUAUUAAUGAGGUCUUCACUGGUGGCGACUCUUCUCCAGCUGUUCUGCAAAACUGGAGCGUGCUGGUGAGUGCCGAAGGAGAUGCCAGCCGGUGUGGUCAGGACAGGCACCAGUGUUAGCUGGGACCCUGAGAGCUGGGGCCUCUGCUGGGCCCGCAGUCCUGCACUCUCCUUCCCCAGGUGGUCUGGUGGGCGCUUUCUCCCCCAGCCAAGGCCUGCUUAGGGAAAGGACAUUCAGGACAACAACAGGUAGUCUUCAGGGUGUGUUGCGGCCUUCUCAGGUGAGCUGGCUCUGUUCACCUACUUGCCU